CCCGCUCGCCCCGCGCUCCGCGGCCUCCCGGAGGGCCCGUCGCCCGCCCCUCUCGGCACGCAACGCGCCGGCCGCCGCCUCUGCCUUCGCCGGGCCCCGGGCCUCUGCGCAGACAACAUGGAGGCCGUGAAGACCUUCAACAGCGAGGAUUGUGCCUCUACUCCUGCUUGUACAGACUGCUUUUCCAGCAGCAUGGACACAAGAAGCAUAUUAUAUUCGCUGAAUGACUAUAAACCACCCAUUUCUAAAGCGAAAAUGACCCAGAUUACAAAGGCAGCUAUCAAAGCUAUUAAGUUCUAUAAACACGUGGUACAAAGUGUCGAGAAAUUCAUUCAGAAAUGUAAACCAGAAUACAAGGUACCUGGACUGUAUGUUAUUGACUCCAUUGUGCGACAAUCCCGGCAUCAGUUCGGUCAAGAAAAGGAUGUGUUUGCACCCAGAUUUAGUAAUAACAUCAUUAGCACUUUCCAGAAUUUAUAUCGUUGCCCUGGGGAUGACAAGAGUAAAAUAGUGAGAGUAUUAAACUUGUGGCAGAAGAAUAAUGUUUUUAAGAGUGAGAUUAUCCAGCCUCUUCUGGAUAUGGCAGCAGGGAUCCCUCCCCCAGUUGUCACUCCAGUUUUGGCCAGCACCACUGCAGCGAUGAGCAAUACUCCAGGAACCCCUGUGACACCUGUUACUCCAGCCAAUGUGGUCCAAGGCUUACCUGAUCCAUGGGUGUCUCAGAUAACAAACACAGACACACUGGCAGCCGUUGCUCAGAUCUUACAGAGUCCUCAAGGUCAGCAGCUUCAGCAGCUCAUACAAACCUUACAGAUACAACAGCAGAAGCCCCAGCCUUCCAUCCUGCAGGCCUUGGAUGCUGGUCUUGUGGUUCAGUUGCAGGCACUCACAGCACAGCUUACAGCUGCAGCCGCAGCAGCCAACUCCCUUACACCCUUGGAUCAGGGAGUCUCUUUCAACAAGAAGUUGAUGGAUAGAUUUGAUUUUGGGGAAGAUUCUGAGCACAGUGAAGAAUCCAAAAAGGAAAUUCCUACUCCUCAACUUUCUCAUGUUUCCGAAUCUGUGAACAACUCCAUCUUCCAUCAGAUUGCAGAGCAGCUGCAGCAGCAGAACCUGGAGCACCUUCGACAGCAGCUCUUGGAGCAGCAGCAGCCUCAGAAGGUAACUCCUCAAGAUAGCCAGGAGGGAACAUUUGGGUCAGAGCACUCAGCAUCACCCUCACAAGGAAGUAGCCAGCAGCAUUUUCUGGAACCUGAAGCAAAUUUAGAUGAUUCCAUAGACAUUCAGCAACAGGAUAUGGAUAUUGAUGAAGGACAAGAUGUUGUUGAAGAGGAGAUCUUUGAACCAGAAGCUAAGAAAGUAGCUGUUCGCUCAAGAUCAAGAACCCAUUCGCGAUCUCGAUCAAGAUCACCAAGAAAACGAAGGUCCAGGUCACGAUCUGGGUCGAGAAAGCGAAAACAUAGGAAGCGAUCCCGCUCCCGCUCUAGAGAAAGAAAGAGAAAAUCAUCACGGUCAUAUUCAAGUGAAAGAAGAGCCAGAGAAAGGGAGAAAGAACGCCAAAAAAAGGGAUUGCCUCCUGUCAGAUCAAAAACUCUAAGUGUGUGCAGCACUACUCUCUGGGUUGGCCAAGUGGAUAAGAAGGCUACACAGCAAGAUCUAACCAACCUUUUUGAGGAGUUUGGACAAAUUGAAUCUAUUAAUAUGAUUCCACCCAGGGGCUGUGCAUAUGUCUGUAUGGUUCAUCGACAAGAUUCUUUUCGGGCUCUUCAGAAACUGAGUUCAGGAUCCUAUAAAAUUGGUUCCAAGGUCAUUAAGAUUGCCUGGGCUUUGAACAAAGGUGUAAAGACGGAAUAUAAACAGUUCUGGGAUGUGGAUCUUGGAGUCACAUAUAUACCUUGGGAAAAAGUUAAAGUGGAUGACUUGGAUGGCUUUGCAGAAGGAGGCAUGAUAGACCAGGAAACUGUAAAUGCUGAAUGGGAAACUGUGAAAACCUCAGAACCCGUUAAAGAGACGGUCCAGACUACACAGAGUCCAACUCCAGUUGAAAAGGAGACAGUGGUUACAACACAGGCAGAGGUUUUCCCUCCGCCUGUGGCCAUGCUGCAGAUUCCAGUAGCUCCAGCGGUUCCUGCAGUUAGUCUAGUUCCACCAGCGUUUCCUGUGUCAAUGCCGGUCCCACCUCCUGGAUUCAGCCCAAUCCCUCCUCCUCCUUUUCUACGAGCAAGUUUUAACCCUUCUCAACCACCUCCUGGUUUUAUGCCACCUCCGGUUCCCCCACCUGUUGUACCUCCCCCUGCAAUUCCUCCAGUAGUACCAACAUCUUUAGUGCAACCACCAUUGUCCAUGACCCCAGAAACUGUGAAAGAUGUUGGAUUUGGUAGCCUUGUUUUACCAGGUGGUUCCGUUGCCAGCAGUCUCGCUCCUUCAACUCUAUCAGCUGGAAAUGUUUUUAAUCCUCCCAAUAAAGCAGAGCCUGAAGAAAAAGUACCUCACCUUACAGAACACCAGAUUCCUUCUGGUGAAAACACCAGACCAGUGAUUCCAAAUGAUAUUCCAAGUAGUGCUGCAAUGUUAGCACAGCCACCUGGCCCCGCAAACACCUCUGGGAUCCUGUGUGUGCAGAGACCAAAUGUGUCAAGUAAUUCUGAAAUUCUGGGGGUUCGGCCAGCUAAUGUUUCCAGUAAUGCUGCGAUUAUUGGAGCCCAGCCACCAAAUAUUCUAAAUAACUCUGGAAUUUUGGGCAUACAGCCACCAAAUGUGUCGAGUGGCUCUGGACUUCUUGGGGUACUGCCUCCAAACUUGCCUAACAACUCUGGACUUGUAGGACUACAGCCACCAAAUGUUUCAAAUCCUGCUGGACUUUUGGGAACACAGCCACCAAUUGGACCUCAAAACUUACCUCCCUUAACUAUCCCAGCUCAAAGGAUGCCUGCAUUGCCAAUGUUAGACAUCCGUCCAGGACUGAUACCACAGGCUCCUGGACCAAGAUUCCCUUUACUACAGCCUGGAAUCCCUCCCCAGAGGGGGAUCCCUCCCCCAUCGGUACUUGAUGCAGCUCUUCACCCGCCACCCCGUGGACCUUUUCCUCCUGGAGAUCUUUUUAGUCAGCCAGAAAGACCUUUUCUGGCUCCUGGAAGACCAAGUAUAGACAAUGUUCCCAACCCAGAUAAACGAAUACCACUUGGGAAUGACAGUAUUCAGCAGGAAGGGGAUAGAGAUUACCGUUUUCCUCCUGUAGAAACAAGAGAGGGCAUUAAUAGACCUCCCCCGGUGGAUGUUAGGGAUGUGGUUGGGCGACCUAUAGAUCCCCGAGAAGGCCCUGGAAGGCCUCCAUUAGAUGGUAGGGAUCAUUUUGGAAGACCUCCUAUGGACAUGAGAGAGAAUCUUGUGAGGCCAGGUCUAGAUCAUCUUGGUCGAAGAGACCACUUUGGCUUUCCCCCAGAGAAGCCUUGGGGGCAUAGAGAUUUUGAUGAGAGAGAGCAUCGAGUUCUGCCUGUCUUUGGUGGUCCAAAAGGCUUACAUGAAGAAAGAGGUAGAUUUCGGGCUGGAAGUUACCGAUUUGAUCCUAGAAGUGGUCCUUGGAACAGAGGAUUUGCACAAGAAGUUCACAGAGAUUUUGAUGACCGCAGAAGACCCUGGGAGAGGCAGAGGGAUAGGGAUGACAGAGAUUUUGAUUUCUGCAGAGAAAUUAAUGGAAAUCGUCUUGGACGAGAUAGAAUUCAAAACACUUGGGUCCCCCCUCCUCAUGCUCGGGUGUUUGAUUAUUUCGAAGGGGCCACUUCUCAACGAAAAGGUGAUAAUGUGCCUCAAGUUAACGGUGAAAAUACAGAGAGGCAUGCUCAGCCACCGCCUUUACCAGUACAGAAGGACCCUGAACUCUAUGACAAACUGGCAUCUUCAGGUGACGUAGACAAGGAGGAGAGCGGCACAGUUGCUGAUGUAGAAAGUGAAGCAGUGGUGGUAGAGAGCACAGAGACUGAGGGGACAUAACCAUCGCUCAGUAGGUAAAAGAAACCUUUUGUACAGUUGUCAUCUCUGUAAGAGGGUAAUGGCUGACUGCACCAGAGUUGUUCACGUUUAUCUGCCAGAACUAAGUUAAUCUGAUGUUCAUGUUCACCUUUCUCUUAAAAUUAUUGUACAACUGACUUGUAGAGACAUUGUUCUUAAUAUGAACAUGGUAGGUAAACAUUUUUUUAUUUUUCUGAUAAAGUAUAAAUGUUGCCCCAGAUUCUUUUAACGUCAAGGAGAUGCUAACAGCUUGUCGGAGACUUCCUAUGGAAGAGAGGGUUUUAGACACUGUCGUUGGGUUGGCUAUGGUAAUGACGUAAUUGCAGAACAGCAGGGUGUGGCACAUCUUCUUCCUAUCUCUAGGCUGCUGCAGGAUUUUAAGGUAACAAAGCUGUGACAUUUUAUGCAAGGACUGGCUCUAGAUUCUUGAGGAGCAUAAUACAGAGAUUUUAAAAAGUGAUUUUGUGAAAAUCUCCACUAUGGUCUCUGUUCCUCCAAAGUAAGUGUGUGUGAUUUGUUCCUCAUACUGCAGUGAGUAAAAAAGAAAAGAAAAAGCAAACAACGUAAACAUUAAAAUACGUUUCAAUGUUGGGUGAAUUUUGUUUUUAGAUGCCAAUAAAACUUACUUGUUUGAUAACAGUGUUCUAGGAAUUGUAUUUUUUUAACCUACAAAUUCUUAAAACUGAAUUGUUAGUAGCAUGCACUUAGCUGUGGAAGUUCCCCAUUACACUUUAACAACAAUGAAGAGUUAUGUGGUGGUAAAAACCUGUAUGCUUUUAUAUAAAAACCAUGCAGUCUGAUUAAUAUGUACGCAGUACCCAUGUAUAUUUAUUGUAUAAGCCAUGUAGUUUUUCUUUCUCUGUAUGUCUGUCUCUAUGCUUAUACAGAGAAAAGGUAGAAUGUUUUUUAAAAGUUUAAUAACAUACUCUUUAAAACUUGAUAGAAAAUUGGAAACAUUGGAUAAAUUAACAUUGCUUUUGGUUAUAGUUUUCAAUCUUGGUAAAUAUGAAGAAAUUAGAAAGAAGUAUAUUGGCCAAGAGGCAGUUCUGCAGUAUUUUGUUUAAUACAGCUGAACAUAAAGCCAGGUGCAGCAUGUAGUCAGAUUGCACUUAAGUUCUUCCAAGUUUUCACUUUUCACGCUCUAUUUGCUGUUCUGUGUAGAUAAUACUGUCAUUAAGAAGUGCAGUUCACGUGCCCACCAUGAGUUUCUUGAUUGCACAAAAUGUAUACUGGUGUUGAUGGACUUAAGAGAUUUUGAUAUACCAGGAAUAAAGUGUCCAUCAUGUGUUUUGUAGGCUCUGGGUUACAUUGUUUAGACAAGACUCUAAGGUAAACUGAAGAGAAGAAAUUGAGGUUGGCUUCUUGUUUGCUUUUGCCCUUAAGUUUCAUUUAUUUGCUGUUUUCUUUUGAGUUUUCUACAUAUAGUAUAUACAUGUAAAAAAAGAGCCAUCGAUAUUUUUUAAUUUCCAGUGGAAAGCUUUCCUAUGAUCCUGAGCAGUCAUUUUCAGGAGUUCAUCCUUUGCUCUAGCUAAAGUUUCUAAGCCAUAACAGCACAGCAGCCAUGUCCAAUACGAUUUGUUUGUGUACCCUUGUGGUGGUCAUCUAGAGAGCUAUAACUUCUGUGGCCACAGUUAGUCCUUUUCUCACAUGGUGUAAAUACAGAUAAUAGGACAUAAUAUAUUUCAUAAUUUGGGGAAAGUAGGUAAGCGUAGGAGGGUUUGAAUGUUUAGUUCCAAAGUAACCCAGUCGAUAGUCUGAUUUUUAUUUCAGGUCUUUCCCUUAGGACAGAGUCAAAGUUGCAAAUUUAGGGCAAAGUAAACGUUCAGGAAAGACUGCCUUUGACCUUAGGAAAUGAUACUAAGUACAGUUUCUCAAAACAACUUUAGUUCCAAUUACUCUGAUCAAAAUUAAUGGACGUUUGUUCAAGUUAAGUAGCAAUAUAAAUAAGACUUGUUUGUUAGUGAUUUUUCUAAAAAACAUUCUAAGCCUUUGCUCUUCUUGUGGGUGCUUGAGGUGGGUUGCACUUGCACUGGUUUGGAGGUUCUAGAAAGUGCAAGUUAACCAACCUCAUCAGCUGUCAUCACUGUGUCAUCUUGAGCAUGGGGACUCUUGUAUGAUUUAAAAGAAAUGACUUCAUUCCUCCCGUGCCCUUCUCUAGUUAUAUAAUGUUAAGGAAAGAAAUACCUAGCCCUGUUGACUGAACUAGAAUUUCCUUCACCAGCACUUAAAUACUCCAGAGAAAAGUUAAUUGUUUUAUCUGAUAGGUUUGGCUUAGGACCUGCCCUAUUUUGUAUGCCGUUGAUCACAGCUCUGUCACUAGAAUGGUGCCAACUGGAAUAUGUGAGCAGUGGCCCAACCCCCUCAUACAGUGCUUGGUGGGUUUGUGGGCAGUACUGUACGAGACACUCAGUCACAUAGUGUGCAUUUGUUUGUUGCUGGGGUGGACCCCUGGCCAGUUGCAUGCUGGGUGCUCUCCCACUGAGAUACACUCCACAGCCCCGCAUAGUUUUACUGUGAUGCCACACUCUUCUUUGUAGUUUAGCAGACUGAAUUAAUUAUUUUUUUAAUCUGUAAACAUUUCAUUGAUCUUGAGCUCUGUUCUUAGCAUUAGUGUGUGUACAGUGCAGUUGAUAACUUCUGCAGUGCAUAGAAACAUGUGACAAAGCCAUCUGCAUGAGCAGCAUUCGGGGUCGGAUGCUCAUUGUAGGUCACUCUAGGUAAGGAAAGAAUCGGAAGUUAAUGGGAAGGUCCAAAUGGUAAGAAUGCCAUUUAAACUCAAGGUAAUUCCGUGUAACUUCAUUCUUAUCCUGGGAAUUGGGCUGUUUUAUUCAGUUUUCCAUCCCCACUUUUGUGAAAGAUUACACUUUAUGAAGCGACUGGACACCUAGGAAUGCUGAGAACCAGGAGCAAUGCUAUUUUUUAAAGUUACUUUUUAAAACAUAGCAAAUUUCAUUGGGUAAAAUGCCAUUAAUUGCAAGCAACACUACUCAGAAACAGGCUGUUUCCAGUAAGACAUACCAGUGACUAUAAAAUAAUUCCUAACUCAGAGAUAUUUCGAGUUAAAAGGGUCAUAGAAUCAAAGAAAAAGGAUUUACUAAGUAGACAGUGUAGUGAACAUGCGUGAAUAUUACUGCUAGUGAGUGAAUCUCGAUACAUUUCCUGCCCAUUUAAUACAGAUCCACUGAGUAAGUGAUUCCAAGAAUAUUAUAUUUUCCUCACUGUGUAUUCAAAUGGGCAUGACCUUUGAGCCAAGGGCAUUGUAUAUUCAAUUAAAAUAUUUUUGCUAUACCUUAUGUGCCUUUAUAUUAUUUACUAGGUGCUGUGUUAGUAAAAUAUUUCAGUACCUUUUACAUUUUUCCUCUUUACAAACAAAUAUUUUACUUACGUACUGCAGAAGAUGAGAACAAAUAUCUGUAAUUCAUUUUUAAGGCAGGCAGAUAAAACACUAAGUUAUUUAAUCACAGAUGCUAUAGGGUGACAUAGAAUUAUGUUUUUCCUAAGUGUUCUUGCUGUGGUUUUUAUAUAAAAUAUAGCCUCUAUAAGACCUUGUGAGCUGUGGGCACUAAAAAUUUAAUGUUCACAUCUAAAGAAAAAAAGAUUUGGUGAAGGCAAACAUUAAAACCUAUAAUGGCAUACUUUAAUAUAGGUACACACAGAAAGUGAUUUUGUAGUGUGCUGUUCCCUAUGGUUCCCCGCUUUCUAGGGAGUGUUACAGGCACCUGGAGCCCUGAAAAUUGUAAGAACUGUGCGAGUAGUCACUACAGACUGAAGACUUCUGAGAGGUUUUAUGACACACUCAUAGACAUGUGUGUAAGCUAUGUUGACAUACCUUCUUUAGUGUGUUUUCUGCUGAAUCCCACCUACGUACUCCCGUUCCAGAUACACAUUGAAUAUGUUCCCUCCUCCUCUCAGUUUUAGGCCAGGGUCUCACCUGUAGCUUAGGCUGGCCUUGAACUCAUGACAGUCCCUCUGCUCCCUAGUGGUAGGAUUACAAGUGUGCAUUAGUCACCAUACCUGGCUUACACAAAAUACUCUUUAAAUUGUUUUCUACUUAAAAUAUUCUAGUUUCAUAGAACUUUUUAGUGAUGUAACAAUACAUUUAUGGCAAUUGAUGCUGGAGAGAGACUAAAAUGUAGAGAUCAUCAUAGUUUAAAUUCCUAUUUUUAAAAAUGAACUAUUGCACCAAGAAAAGAAUUGAGAAGAAAUCAGUAAGAUGACUACAGGAAGCAUUUGCUUUACUUACAUGUGCUUUUUAUAGGGUUACUCAAACUUCUACUUUAUCAUGUAAUUGGGUAUUUUAAUUUCAGAAAGAACCUUUAGUGGACAAAUUUGUUAUGAUUAAAUUGGUCAGGAACUGGCAUCAGUGUCAUUACGAGGACUGCCUAGAUGGGUCUUACAUCAGGAACUGACACACAUAAGUAGUUUCUCCAGAUAGGCUCCUUGCUCCCCCACCCACCCACCCACCCCUGCCUCCGUAAGCAGGGUUUUCAUCUCGUGUGCACUUAGAAUUACCUUGCUUUGUUCUGAAGAUUGUGGAAGAUAGAGAACAAAUACUUUGAGCCUCCUUUUCUCUCCCCUCCUUUACCUUUUUCCUUUUGUUACUGUAUCAAAGGGGGAGAAAAGUGUAAUGGGGUAACUUCUAAUUAUGUAAAAUAUUAGCUGCUUCAUGCAGUAAGCUGAGAAUACAUUUGCACAGAGCCAGAUGCAUGGUUUAAUGAGUGUACACUUUGCAUAAGACCAGAUAUAUGGUUUAAUGAGUGUACACUUUGCAUAAGACCAGAUACAUGGUUUCAUACCUGUACACGUUAUCCCCUGAAGCAGCCUGCAGGGAAUUGGUACUGAGACUUUUCCCCCAGGUACCAAAAUCUACAGGUGCUCAGUUUUGUCCUUCCAUGUACUUUAAGUCAGCUCAGAUUUCCUUUUAAGCCUAGUAACUGUGAUGUAGGCUUGGUAGUUAUUACACUCUGUUGUUUAAUGUUGUUUAAGGGGAUAAUGACCAAAGAAAGAGUUUGUGUGUUCAAUAUAGAUUCUUCUGAGUUUUCAAACACUUGUCGUCUGAAUCUGAAGUUGAUUGAGUCCACCACAGCAGACUUUCUGAAUGCAGGGGACUUGAGUGCAAAUGUUCUUUGUCUCCUCCUACCCUAUCUGCCAUUGCUCCCAGAAUUCCAGGCUGUACAGGAGCAGGCAGGGCUGGAAACUGAAAUUGUGACCCGUAUUAAAAGGGAGUUGCUUCCCCACCCUGAUCUCUAGGCUGUUUCCAGCAUUUUAAUACCGUAGCUUGUUGAAUGUCAUAGAACACAGGCCACUCAGGAGUCUGAAGCAAUAAGAUCUUGAGUUCAGCCUGAGUCACAUAGUGGAUCUGUGUCUUUAACAAAAAAUAUAAUAAGCAGUAAUAGUUUUCUAUUUUGUGACUGACAAGUUGAAGAAGAGAAGAAGAAAUUACUGCUUUUGGGUUUUCAAACUGGCCUUACCAGUUGCUAGAAUGUCUUUGCGAAAGCUACUGAACCUCCAGUCUUUAUUUCUUCGUAGCUAGACAGUCUUCAUCACUGAAGAUACCCAUAGCUAAUACUCAGGAUGCAUACUGUGUUGAGUGGAAUAACAAUUGCAUCGUGUUUGUGGGGCAAUCCUGUGACCAUCUUGGGAAGUAGUCUUUGUAGUAUCUGUUUUGCUUGGGAGAAACUUAAGUCACAGGUGUAAGUGGCUUCCUUAAGUCUCAGUUUGUAUUAGAGUGAACUUUGAAACCCUGUUACCAGGUUUUGAAAUUAGUGUAUGCCAGUUCUGAAAAUGCCCAACCAGGCUUUUUAGGAUUUAUGGUUGCAUUAAGCACUUAAGUCCCCUUUUUGUGGUUACACAUGUACAUUGUUGUUCCUCCUCUUAGAAUAUCUAAGAACUCACUUAAUGGUUUUAAGUUUGCGCAAUGAUGUCCUUUCAACUAGUGUGAAGGCAGGUUUGUAUUGCAUUGAUGCUAAAUAAGGUUUCGUUUAGAAAACACUUUGCUCACAAAUAAAAUGUGAAAACCCUUUUCCAUUUCCCUUUCUCCUUGAAGAUGCUCUGUAACCAGUGAGGACUUCUUUGCAGAUUUGCGUUGGAGAGGGUGGUUUUGUCAACUUCAAAAAUUCAGUUUUAUGCACUGUAUGUAUAAUCAAGAUUUAGUAAUCUGUUUCUUUGUAUCAACCAUUCUAUAAAUAGUCCAUUGGGCUUGGAUUAAACAAAGUAUGAAGUAAUAGUACAUACAUUGAGAAUUAUUAAUGCUUGCUUUCCACUUGAAUUCAUACAGUUUAGAGGCUAGCCUUUGCACUUUGUACUAAUAGUUAAUUUACAAUUAUUUUUCCAUAUUAAAAUGCAUAACAGGAUUCUUCAAGUAUUCACAUCCCUAAGCUAGAUUCAUACAAACUUAGUUUACAUAUUGUCGUGACACUGUUUUCAGAGUCCUAGAACCAGCAAUGAAUGGUGGCCAUUUUACUGCCCAGUCUUCCCCUCAGAGGACAUGCUCAUAGAAUUUGUUAGGUAAACUCCCAUUCCUGCUAAUCUUAGCAAAUCUGAUUAUUUUGUUUAUGAUUAUUACAUGAAAUAAAAUGUUCCUCUGAUUUUUUUUUUUUUUUAUAAUGGAAGUUUCCUAUUUCAUUGGUAGUCAGUUUUUACAGUAGCUGUCUGGACAUGUCCUUUACUAGUUUAAUACAUGUGCUGUGUAAACUAGACCUUUCCUCCUUUGAGCCCUUUAGAUGGAGAGGCUUCCUAACCCUUUACUUGGAGCCUUUUCUGAAUCUAUUAUGUUUUCAAUUGUUGGCCCCAGUAGUCCAUGUCCACGACUGUGUUAGUUUUCUCACUACAGGCCUAGAAGUGCUUGGAGUAGAAAGAGUUUUAACCCCUGUGUGGCAAGCAUUGUAUACAGUUUAUCUUCAGAAAUAGUCACUGAGGAGGCUCAGAUACCUCUGUUGUUUUUAAACAAGACAGUGCUCUCCUGUCCACCACUCUUGGCUUGCAUGUGUGUGCUCCCCCCCCCCCCCCCCAACUUUACUGACUUCAAAGCUGUGCUUGCCAAGGCUGUAGUUCUCACCUUUGGUAGAGCUGUGGUGUUAGUAAGCGGACUAUGUUGGGGAGCUUCCUGGAGCUGAUAUAGCAACUUACCAAGAAGUAUAGUAGCUAGCAGCUAGCAGCAUGAGUCAGCAAAGCCCUUCUCCCCCUUCCCCCAGGCCCUGGAGAUAGCCCCCCCACCCCAAUCUUCUGGUUGUUCUCAGCCACCCCUGAGCUGUUCUUGAGUUGCGGAUUCCUCAUGCUGGUGUCUGCCUACUGUCUCUGGACGGGUUGUGUCUUCGCACCAUCAUCUUCUGUCAGUGCAUGUAUGUGUUAAGAGCUCUGACGUAUCUCAGAAUAUUUUGAGGGGCACUAAUGACCCCAUCUACAGCAGCCUAAGACUAAACUGCGUAACUAUAUAAAAUCCAUGUAAAUUGACCCCCUAGAGCAUAGUGGAAAGAGUAGACACAUCAGAGUAACAGUCUGUAUUUAUGGAGCUCCAUUAUAAAAUCACUUUGGCUGUUACAACAGUGAAAUUUAAAACUACUGAAGUUCAUUGCGAACCAUUAAACAGGAUAUUCCAUACUGCCUACCUUUUCAGGUGAAUGUGUAAUGCCCGUACUUGCCCAUUAACACUUGAGCUAGUGGAAUGUGCAGAGAAAAUCCAGUAAUACUAUUGUUACAUCACAGCAAGCAGCCUCUGUGAAUUGUUCCAUUAAAAAAUGGUUGAUGAACCAGGACUCAGCAAUGGAGCAUGUCUAGUAUGUGUGUGUCCCCAGGUUUGAUCCUCCUGAAUGAAAGGGAAAGAACGUGGAUUUGUAAAGGUGGAUGGUUUUUAGGUGUCAUUAAAUAGCACUCUAAAAGUGUGCACUCAAGUCCAUUUUGAUUCAUUUUGUCAUGUUAUCAAAAAACUGGCAAUAUUUAUAUUUUCUGUUUUGUUUACUUGUUGAACUGUAUGAUGUAGCUGAUGUUUUCCUGUGUCCCGGCCUGCCAGCAGUCAGGACAGUUCUCUCCCACUAGCGUCCCCCAAGUAAAUACACAGAGGUUUAUAUUAUUUAAACUGUUUGGCCUAAUGGCUCAAGCUUCUUGCUAGCUAGAUCCUAUAUCUUAAAUUAACCCAUUUCUAUAAAUCUAUACCUUGCCACAUGGCUCGUAGCUUACAGGUAUCUUACAUGUUGUUUCCCAUGGCGGCGGCUGGCAGCGUCUCCUGCCUCAGCCUUCCACUUCCCAGAAUUUUCCUCUCUGCUUAUCCCGCCUAUCCUAUACUUCCUGCCUGGCUACUGGCCAAUCAGUGUUUUAUUUAUCAAUCAAUCAUAGCAACACAUUCUCACAGCAUACAGAACAUCCCACAACAGUAUGACCCAUUCUUUGCUAUUUCAGUGGCUUAGUACGCAUGGCAUUUUAAAAAUACAGUGUAACUUGAAACCUUUCUCAAUUUUUCACACAAUUAGCCAGCAGUAUCAAGUUAAAAAAACAAACAAACAACAUAAAUCUUACUGAAAUCUUAAUUAGGCAAGCAUGGAAAGGUCCAGACUGAGUAGAUGUCUGAACAAUGACCCCGGUAGCUUUUACUGAAAUUGAGAAUUUCCGUGAGUAGUAUAUGAGGAGCACCCAGCACUUCUACACCAUGGUACACUCUCUAGAUGGCUGUUCAUUGUGGCGAGUGUAGCCCUGGUGAAUCAGGCAAGUUAGUGCUCUAUGGUAAUAGCAACAAUUAAGGAAUUAUUUAUGCAGAAUUAGGUAUUAGAACCCAGAGUCAGAGAGGCAAGGACAUUGUGUAGUUCUUGGAGUGCUAUAGGUUUUAGAAGUGUGCUAUGUGUCUGAAUCCCCGACUCUUGAGGCCAGUGACAGGACCCUGAUCUGAUGUCCUAGGUGGAGGGCCCAUCAUUGAAAGAGGUGCCUUAAGAGCUUCCUUCCUGUCGUUCAUUGUCUGAAUCAUGUCCAGGUAGUUACAGUUUCUUGAAUAAGUCAGUAUUGCUGAAUUUCUUAUGCAAUAAAAUGAGGAAAUCAGGUUUUUCAGGGUAUCACCCCCAGUGAUAAUUGGAAAAGAUCGAUUCUUUUGAAAUUGAGCAAAACAAAGACUUCUCCCUUGAAUAUAUCCAUGCUUAAAAAAUUGUUAAUCCUGGAAAUAAAUUGUGUUGAUCACUUCA